AGGAGAAAGAGGGGUUUUGUUGUUGGUUGUUAGUUUGUUGGUUGGUCUUAAUGGUUGGAGGGAGAAGAUCCCAAGAUAUUUCCUGCUGGAACUUAAUCCUGGUCCAAGGAAUUAGGAGGAUUGUUGUUGUUGUUUCUUUAAUAGAAUACUAUCUUCAUCAUCAGUUCCAACGUGCUACAAAAUGGAUGCAAGCACAGAAAUGAUAAAAAUUAAAGUGGCACACCAGAAAUCAGUUUCUUGGAAGGAAAACAGACAUAAGAAAUAUGAACAUUUUAGACACUUUCCCUUAAUAGAUGACAAUGCCACAAUCCUAGAAAAGAGAAAUCUUACUCAACUGGAAGAGACCAAUGAAAACCUUCAAGAAAAAGACAAUGACAUGCCACAGUCAACUUCUAGUAGUCAACACCAACUGCUGAGUCAGCGAAAGGAGAUGCUUCAGCGGUAUAAAAAGCAAAAGCAGCUUCAAAAAAUGAAAGAGCGGCGAGAGAGAACCAAACGAGGGAUAUUUAAAGUGGGGCUUUACAGACCUGACCCACCAAAAUUUCUUAGUUCUCUUCCAGAACAGAAGAUGGGGAAACCUGAAGCAAAGAAGAAGAUACCAAGCUCUGCUAGAUGUUGAAAUACCAAUCUUCGGGGCAUAAACCACAAGAAGAUUUCACAAAGCUAUGAAAAGGGCAGAAAAAUAUCAGAUUAGCUUUUGUAUUGUGUAAUUAGAAUUUGUUCCUUGGAACUCUCUUACCCAGCAUCCCAUUUAUGUGCUCACACUGAAUGUGAAAACUGUAUGUGUAGGUAGGGAAGAUAUACUUUGAUGUAACCCCACCUCUUGUUCUCUUCUUCCCAGAAUGUGGCUGUGGAGGCUGGAGGGGAGAGGAAAGUUUACUCAUAUGGUCAUACUUAAGCUUUGUACGUCUAUUUUUUAUUUCUUCUACUUGAAGUGAUCACUAAUAAAUCUUAUAAAAUAUAAAA